GCGCGUGCGUUCGGCCAUAGAGCUGUCCAUUGUGUCUGUCUGCGUCUCAACGGCGAGAGACUUUACAGUAGAUCCGCGUACAGUCUAUUUCUGAUCUAAUACCUGUUAUUUUUAAGCCUCUGGAUCGCUUUCGAAGAGAGGAAUCUAGCGCACCCAACUAAAAGGACCCAUUCAACAGGUUGUUUUAAGUCUUUCAAUGCUCUAGCCGUCCGGUUCCCCCUACGGAUUUACAGGAGGAGCAAACAUGCCUUUGGGACUCAGGAAAAAGAAAAAUAAGUCGAGGGAAAGCUCGAACUUAGUGGAGAACGAGGAGGUGAGCGGGCACCCAGGUGUCGGGAAGUCGGCGGUGAACGGUGGCGGAGUCGGCGGACUCCCUGCUCCACCUGCAAGCCUCCGACCGAAACUCGUGUUUCACACGCAGCUCGCGCACGGGAGUCCCACGGGGAGGAUCGAGGGCUUCACGAACGUCAAAGAGCUGUACAGUAAAAUAGCCGAAGCGUUUAAUUUAAGUCCGGAUGAGAUCCUAUUUUGCACACUCAACACCCACAAAAUUGAUAUGGAAAAGCUGCUGGGAGGGCAGAUAGGACUGGAGGACUUCAUCUUCGCUCAUAUAAAAGGGAUCAAAAAGGAGGUGGAGGUGUACAAAACCGAGGAUGCACUUGGGCUCACCAUCACAGACAAUGGAGCUGGAUACGCCUUCAUAAAGCGUAUCAAAGAGGGCAGUGUGGUGGAUGGGGUGAAGGUGAUCUGUGUGGGAGAUCAUAUCGAAAGCAUUAACGGAAAGAACAUAGUGGGGAUGCGGCACUAUGAGGUGGCGCGAAUGCUGAAGGAGCUUCCGAAAGAUCAGUCCUUCACCCUCAAACUGAUGGAGCCCAUGAAAGCCUUCGAGAUGCUUGAACCAAGGUCAAGAGGAGGCGGAGGCGGAGGCAAAUCCUCAGGAGAGGGCAAGAUCGGCACAGGCAGAGAAACGCUCAGGUUGCGCUCAAAGGGUCCUGCAACCGUCGAGGAGAUGCCCAAUGAGUUUGAAGAGAAGGCAGUGAAGAAAGUGGAUGAUCUUCUUGAGAGUUACAUGGGCAUUCGAGACACUGAAUUAGCGGCCACAAUGGUGGAGGUGGGCAGAGACAAGAAGAACCCUGACGAGUUCGCCAUGGCUCUGGACCAGGCUCUCGGUGACUUUGCCUUCCCGGAUGAGUUUGUGUUUGACGUCUGGGGAGCCAUCGGUGACGCCAAACAGGGACGGUUUUAAACGCUGCUACAUACACUGAAAUACUGCACAACUCUCAACAUGAUCCCCUUGAUUUCAGCUGUUUAUAGCUAGCAUACAGAACAUUUGACUUUAUGUGACCGAUAUAAAUAAUAGUCAAUAUCACCACAUAAUACAAUCUCAAGCCUUUAAAAAAAACCUCCAACAGCAUUUAGUCACCCAGUUUUGACCUAUUUCUGUGGGUAUAUAUGAUAUUUAACACAAGCAAAGGGAAAGGGUGAUGUUUGAAACUUGUUUUGUAUAGAAUAAAGGAUAUACAUCUGUUGUCUUUUUAGAGCAAUUUUAGAUUUUUAAUUUAUUUAAUAAAGCGAUAAAAUGUUUGAUUUUGAAAAAAGAAAUUGCAGCGUCAAUAGCUGAUUCAGAAUAUACACAUGAACAUAAAAACGUCAUAUUAACCAUUAAAACGGUGCCAUACACUUAAUUUAAGAAAUUCCACAAAUGAAUUGGUAUCAUAUUGUUGAUUUUGUUGUUUUGAGUUUAUUGUAAAAUACAAUCUAUAAGGGAUCACUUUGUAUGAUAGACGUAUGUUUAUUUUUGUGUGCCUUCACUUUUGUGUUGUCAAUUUAAUUUUGUAUAAACAAUUUCUAUUGCGCUCAAAUCACAAGAUUUGUCUUUGCCUGAUUUGUUUCACAUUAAAGGUGAAAAA